GGGGCGGAGGGGUGUGGGCCCGGGGACCGCGGCGCUCGGCGGGCCAGUCGCUGGUUGUCAGGACAGUCGCCGCCGGAGUGGGGCGAGGGUGCGUCCCUCGGUCUGGGACGUCCGGGGCAGCGUAAAGAUGAGAGCACAGAGGAUGCAGGGCCGCUGGAAGCGCAGGUAACGGAGCCGGGGUGUGGUGGGGCCGCGACAGGCUUCUUCCCUGACCCGUCCUGGAUGGAGAGGACCGAGGCGACACCGAGCCGCGGCUCCUAGCGGCGGGGCCGGUGCCCGAGCUGCAGCUGCCAGGCGAGGAUGUGUGGAGCUCGGGCGGCGCGGGGGAGCUGAGAGCCUUCGGGCCCCAGGACCCCCGGGGCCCGGGAUGAGUUAGCGAGGACAGCUGCGGGGGCCAGUUCCGACUGCUGCAGGCCACGGCCGCCGCCCGCCCGCCCCUUCCGCGCCGGAGCCGCUAGCUCCUUUCCGCGCCCGUCCGCCUGCCUGCGCUCCCGGCGCCGGAGACCAUGAGGUUCCGCAUCUACAAGCGGAAGGUGCUGAUCUUGACGCUCGUGGUGGCCGCUUGCGGCUUCGUCCUCUGGAGCAGCAAUGGGCGACAAAGGAAGAACGAGGCCCUCUCCCCGCCGCUGCUGGACGCCGAGCCCGUGCGGGGUGCAGGCGCCCGGGCCGGGGACCAUCCCGCCGUGUCCGUGGGCAUCCGCCGGGGCUCCAACGAGUCGGCGGCUCCGCUAGUCGCGGCGGCCCCGCACCCCGAGGUGGACAACCUGACGCUGCGGUACCGGUCCUUAGUGUACCAGCUGAACUUUGACCAGACGGUGAGGAAUGUAGGUAAGGCCGGCUCCUGGGCCCCCCGAGAGCUGGCGCUGGUGGUCCAGGUGCACAACCGGCCUGAAUACCUCAAACUGCUGCUGGACUCACUUCGAAAAGCCCAGGGAAUCGACAACGUCUUCGUCAUCUUUAGCCAUGACUUCUGGUCGACCGAGAUCAAUCAGCUGAUUGCUGGGGUGGAUUUCUGUCCGGUUCUGCAGGUGUUCUUUCCUUUUAGUAUUCAGUUGUACCCCAACGAGUUUCCGGGCACUGACCCCAGAGAUUGCCCCAGAGACGUGGAGAAGAAUGCAGCUUUGCAGAUGGGAUGCAUUAAUGCUGAAUAUCCCGACUCCUUCGGCCAUUAUAGAGAGGCCAAAUUCUCCCAAACCAAACACCACUGGUGGUGGAAGCUGCAUUUUGUAUGGGAGAGGGUCAAAGUCCUUCGAGACUAUGCUGGCCUCAUACUUUUCCUAGAAGAGGAUCACUACUUAGCCCCAGACUUUUACCAUGUCUUCAAAAAGAUGUGGCAAUUAAAGCAGCAAGAGUGUCCUGAGUGUGAUGUUCUCUCCCUGGGGACCUAUACUGCCAUUCGCAGUUUCUAUGGCGUUGCUGACAAGGUAGAUGUGAAAACGUGGAAAUCCACAGAGCACAAUAUGGGUCUGGCCUUGACCCGGGAUGCGUAUCAGAAGCUGAUUGAGUGCACAGAUACUUUCUGUACUUACGAUGAUUAUAACUGGGACUGGACCCUUCAGUAUUUGACUGUAUCUUGUCUUCCAAAAUUCUGGAAAGUGCUGGUUCCUCAAGUUCCUAGGAUUUUUCAUGCUGGAGACUGUGGUAUGCACCACCAAAAAACCUGUAGACCAUCCACCCAGAGUGCCCAAAUUGAGUCACUCUUAAAUAAUAACAAACAGUACCUGUUUCCAGAAACUCUAACUAUCAGUGAGAAGUUUAUGGCAGCCCUUUCCCCACCUAGGAAAAAUGGAGGGUGGGGAGAUAUUAGGGACCAUGAACUCUGUAAAAGUUAUAGAAGACUGCAGUAAAAAAUCACAAUUACAAAAGCAAAAGUAGUGACAGUCUUCUAUUUUUGAUAUUUGUCCAAACAGAAUAUACAAUUGAAUAAAAGGGUUUAGGAACUGG